UGUGUUUUUAAUGCAAAAAAAUAGUCCGAGGUUGAGAGCCAAUAUACACAGACUGGCUCUCUCUUCCUAACAACAACCGACGACAUCGUUGGCCAAAGUUCUUAGUUCCACAAACAAUGUUUUACUCCAACACCAAACUCUUCCACUCUUCUUCUUCUUCUCUUCAAACUUUACUCAAAAGAGGUUUCACUCCCACUCUCAAAUCUAUUAACAAAUUCCUUCUCUUUCUCUCCCAAACCCACAGAUGCGACUCAAUCAUCCACUUCUUCUCUCAACUGAGCUCAAACCAAAUCAAACCCAACUCUCACACCCACUCAAUCCUCACAUGGGCUCUCCUCAAAUCCCACAAAUUUGAUGAAGCAGAGCAUUUCAUGAAGACCCAUGAUCAGAUAGCCCCCAAAACUAGCAUGUGGGACUCUUUGAUUCAAGGCCUUUGUACCAAACAAAACAACCCAGAAAAAGCACUAUCACUAUUGCAAUUUUGCUUGAGAAACAAUGGUAUUGUGCCUUCUUCUUUCACUUUUUCUUCAUUGAUUUUUAGAUUUAGCUCUGAGGGAAACAUGGGUAGGGCAAUUGAGGUGCUAGAGUUGAUGACAGACGAAAAUGUUAGAUACCCUUUUGACAAUUUUGUUUGUACUUCAUUGAUUUCUGGGUUUUGUAAGAUUGGGAAACCUGAACUUGCUGUGGGGUUUUUUGAAAAUGCUGUGAGUUCAGGUGCUUUGAGACCUAAUGUUGUGACUUAUACAGCUCUUGUGAGUGCUCUUUGUAAGUUGGGAAGAGUGAAUGAGGUUGGUGAUUUGGUUUAUAGGAUGGAGAAGGAAGGACUAGGAAUGGCAUUUGAUGUUGUUUUCUAUAGUAGUUGGAUUUGUGGGUAUGUAGCUGAAGGGCUUUUAAUGGAUGUGUUUAGAAAGAAGAAAGAAAUGGUUGAAAGGGGAAUAAACCUGGAUACCGUGAGUUAUACUAUACUGAUAGAUGGGUUUUCCAAGCUUGGGGAUGUGGAAAAGGCAGUUGGUUUUUUGAAUAAGAUGAGAAAAGAUGGAGUACAGCCCAAUUUGGUAACUUACACUGCAAUUAUGUUGGGAUUUUGCAAGAGAGGGAAAUUGGAAGAAGCAUUUUCCAUUUUCAAAAUGGUUGAUGAUUUGGGGAUUGUGGUGGACGAAUUUAUGUAUGCAACUUUAAUUAAUGGGUUGUGUAGGAGAGGAGAUUUUGAUCGGGUUUUUCAUCUGCUUGAUGAGAUGGAGAAGAGGGGAAUUAGUCCAAGUACUGUGACGUACAAUAUUGUGAUCAAUGGAUUGUGCAAAUUUGGGAGGACAUCCGAGGCUGAUAAGGUAUCAAAGGGCGUAACUGGAGAUGUCAUUACUUAUAGUACAUUGUUACAUGGGUACAUUGGGGAAGAAAAUAUAACUGGGAUUUUGGAAACAAAGAGGAGAUUGGAAGAAGCUGGAGUUUGUAUGGACAUUGUUAUGUGUAAUAUACUUAUUAAAGCACUCUUUAUGGUUGGGGCAUUUGAAGAUGCUUAUGUACUUUACAAGGGAAUGCCAGAAAUGGAUAUAGUUGCAGAUUCUUUUACUUAUUGUACAAUGAUCGAUGGGUAUUGUAAAGUAAAUAGAAUUGAUGAGGCACUUGAGAUAUUUGAUGAGUUUAGGAGGACACCUAUUUUUUCAGCUGCAUGCUACAAUAGUAUUAUUAACGGGCUUUGUAAGAAGGGUAUGGUGGAUAUGGCCACUGAAGUGUUUUUUGAACUCAAUGAGAAAGGUUUAACUUUGGAUGGUAAUAUCCACAUGAUGUUGAUCAGAGCAAUUUUUGAAGCACAAAGUGCAAAUGGGAUCUUAAAUGUAGUUUGCAGAUUGAAUAAUCAAAGGCCAGAAUAUGAUGUUAUAUGUAAUGCUGCCAUAUUCUUCUUGUGCAAGAGAGGUUUGCCUGAGACAGCAGGUGAAGUGUACAUGGUGAUGAGAAGGAAAGGGUCAACUGUGACACUCAAGUCUUACUAUUCAAUCUUAAAAGGGCUUAUUAGUGGCGGAAAAGUUUGGCUAAGUCAGCCUAUUUUGAGUGCCUUUUUAAAAGAAUAUGGCCUAGUUGAACCUAGGGUAAACAAGAUAUUAGCAUUCUACUUGAGUCUAAAAGAUGCCAACAGCACCAUUCAAUUUCUUGACAGAAUCAAGGAGAAGAUUUCAGCUGUCACUCUUCCCGUUUCUGUUUUUAAGGCACUCAUAAAGCAUGGUAGAGUUUUAGAUGCAUACAAACUUCUUGUUGAGGCUGAAGAUUAUCUACCUGUUAUGGAUGUGAUUGAUUAUUCAAUUAUAGUUGAUGGACUUUGCAAGGGAGCAUAUUUUGAUAAAGCGUUAGAUCUCUGUACAUUUGUUAAAAAGAAGGGGAUUACCCUAAACAUCAUCUCUUAUAAUUCUGUUAUAAAUGGCUUGUGCCGUCAGGGUUGCCUUGUUGAAGCAUUUAGGUUAUUUGAUUCAUUGGAGAGAAUUGAUUUAGCUCCUUCUGAAAUUACAUAUGCUACAUUGUUAGACACUUUAUGUAGGGAGGGACUAUUGCUAGAUGGCAAGCGUUUGUUUGAGAGAAUGGUUCUGAGGGGACUCAAACCAAAUACACAUGUUUAUAACUCACUAAUUUAUGGUUAUUGCAAGUUCGGUAAAAUGGAAGAAGCCUUUAGGCUUCUGCAUGAUAUGGAGAUAAAAUGCCUUAAGCCUGAGGAAUUCACUGUUAGUGCUGUUAUCAAUGGCUAUAGCCAAAAGGGUGACAUGGAAGGGGCUCUAGGAUUUUUUAUCGAAUUCAAGAAGAAAGGUGUAUCCCCUGAUUUCUUGGGUUUCUUGUAUUUGAUCAGAGGUCUAUGUGCCAAAGGAAGGAUGGAAGAAGCCAGGAGUAUCUUGAGAGAAAUGCUUCAGUCUCAGUCAGUUGUGGAGCUUAUAAACAGAGUUGAUACUGAGGUUGAAACAGAGUCAAUAGGAAGUUUUCUUGUUGAUUUAUGUGAGCAAGGAAGUAUCCAAGAAGCUAUUACUGUUCUUAAUGAAGUUGCAUCUAUGUUUUUUCCUGUUCAAAGAUGGUAUAGUGCUCAUCAUAAAUCAGAUAUACAAAGUCUUCAUGAACGGCAGGGAUUUGGUACAGUUGCUUCGAAGUCUUUAGCAUGGCGUUCUGAAAUUGAUUUGGGGUUUGGAUUGUCCGAUGUUAAGGAGGUAGAGAAGGCGGUUAAAAAUUAUGAUCGAUCAGGGAAAAGAUCUAAAUUUCUUGACUUUGACAAUUUCUACACUGUCUUAGCUUCACUCUGUUCAAGAGGGGAGCUGCAGAAGGCUGGUCAAUUAGCAAAAGAAAUGCUUUCUAAUUUGGAUACAGCUGAUUAAUGGAACUGGAAAAAUUGGAUUUCUGUUACUGAGCUUGGAACUUCCUCUCCCUUUUAUGCAAGAUAAGAACCAUGCAUUUCCACCUGCAGAUUGUUACCAAUUAAGUGGAUGUCAACUUGGCAGAAGUUUUAUGUAUGACAACUGACAAUUAUCAUAGUGAUAAUUUUCUCCAGUUGGACUCCUACCACUCUAGACUCUGGCAUGGAACAUUUGGGAAAAGUUGGAAAGCAGGCUCCAUAUUUGAUGUAGCAAGGCAGAGGAGUUCUAGUGUGAGAGAGCAUAGGCUGAAUCCUCUUAAGGCACCUCUCACAUUGGUGUCAACUAUAGAAGAAAUGGAUAUAAUCUUCUCUCUCCAAAAGAUGUAAUAAGACUUCGUCAAAGAUGUGGAUUCAUAUUCAUUACUAUUCAAGCCAAACCCUGAAGUACUUGAAGCAUUACAAGUUUCAAAUCUCCAAUUCUGUUUGGGCGUGGCAAGUCAAGAUCUGAAAAUUCUUGCAUUGGAGUCAAUAUUUGGCCAAUUAAUGGGUUAGUGCUCAAAUUUCCCUUACACAAUUGACGAUUUGUUUGGCUAAAUCACAUUAGGAAACAAGGUGAUCCCUGGACGACGCCUAAUGUGUUGCUAGUGUAAUGAACAACAUGGACCUUGCUGUUACUUCAGUCGGCCAGGCUAGCACUAGGAUCACAGCGGUUGUUACAUGAACAUCCUCGGCACCUCUUAUCCUCCUUCAGCUGGGGCAUUCUCUGGAGAAGCAUUUAUUGCCACAAAGGAUGACACAUCAUUUUUGAAUUGGAGACAACAUAGCUAAUUUUUCUGUUGCCAUAUCAGAGACUGGUUGGCCAAGUGCCUGAAGGAAUCCCUACAUGAGCUAAGAAAAUGCACUCAUGUACAGAUGACAAGGCAAACCUUACGUUCAUUUGGUGAGGAGUGGGAUGCCACGGACGCCAGACUGCCUCAUUUUUACAUUAUUGUUUGAAAUGCUCAAUGAAGAUAAGAAACCAGCUGGAGAAGAGCAGAGCAUUGGACUCUUCAAUCUGGACCCUCGGCCUGUUUAUCAAAAAUUUGAAAGCUGCUAGUAAUACGAGAACGCAAUGCAUAUCACUGUUGUAUCAAUAUGAUACAAGGUAGACUCUGCUAAAAGCCUAAAACAACUAACUCACCUGGAUGAUAAUAAAAAGUGGGAAGUUGGCACA